AUUCAGUGGGAGGCUCAGUGCGGGGGGCAACUUACUGAACUUCCUGUGUUCUUUUGGAUUCACGCAGUUUGUGAGCUUUGCCUGCACCUGCGUGCUGUCACUCUGCCCCCUCGGUUAGUUCUGGAGCAUUAGUGGACAGUCAUGGCCAAAGCCUUGGGGCAGCACUCCUACCUGUUCCUGGAGAACUUCAUCGGGGGGAAAUUCGUCCCCUGUCGGAGCCACAUCGACUCGUACGACCCGUCCACCGGAGAGGUUUACUGCAAAGUACCCGACAGCGGCAGGGAGGAGGUGGAGGCGGCGGUGGCGGCAGCUAAAGAUGCCUUCCCCGACUGGUCUGCCCGCAGCCCCGAGCAGCGGGCACAGGUCCUCAACAAGCUGGCCGACCUGAUGGAAGCCCACCUGGAGGAGUUUGCCCAAGCCGAGUCCAGAGACCAAGGUAAAACUGUGGCAUUUGCUCGGACUGUGGACAUUCCCCGAUCGGCGUACAACUUCCGCUUCUUCGCGUCGUCGGUGCUCCACCACACCACCGAGUGCAGCCAGAUGGACCACAUUGGCUGCCUCAACUACACCGUCCGCUGUCCAGUGGGAGUGGCUGGUCUGAUCAGCCCCUGGAAUCUCCCCCUGUACCUGCUGACCUGGAAGAUUGCGCCCGCAAUCGCCGCGGGAAACACGGUGGUGGCCAAACCCAGCGAGAUGACCUCGGUGACGGCCUGGAUGUUGUGCAAGUUGAUGCAGGAGGCCGGUGUUCCUCCAGGAGUGGUCAACAUCAUAUUUGGCACAGGGCCGAGAGCAGGCGACGCCCUUGUGGGCCACCCUGACGUCCCAUUGGUCUCCUUCACUGGCUCCACGGCAACUGCCCAGCGCGUCACGGAGAGGAGCGCCCCAUACUGCAAGAAGCUCUCACUGGAGCUGGGAGGCAAAAACCCCGCCAUCAUCUUCGCCGACGCAGACCUGGACAAUUGCAUCGAGACCACGGUUCGCUCCAGCUUCUCCAAUCAGGGAGAAAUUUGUUUGUGCACCAGUAGGAUUUAUGUAGAGAGGAGCAUCUACUCCGAGUUUCUGGAAAGAUUUGUGGCUGCGUCUAAGAAGUGGAAGACCGGCGUGCCCUCUGACCCGGGCAACAACAACGGAGCCCUCAUCAGCAAAGAGCACCUGGAAAAGGUUCGAAGCUUUGUUGCACUCGCCAAAUGUGAAGGUGGCGUCGUCCACUGCGGUGAGGGAGUCGACCAGCUGGACCUGCCCGAGCAAAACAAAUCUGGCUACUUCAUGCCGGCCACCGUCAUCUCAGGCGUAUCUGACAGCUCCCGUGUGAUGCAGGAGGAGAUCUUCGGCCCCGUCACCUGCGUCAGCCCCUUUGACACCGAGGAUGAAGCUGUUUCCAAGGGCAACGGCGUGCGUUAUGGUCUGGCGGCCACUGUGUGGUCCCGAGACGUGGGGAAGGUUCACCGGGUGGCCAAGAGGAUACAGGCAGGUUUAGUUUGGACCAACUGCUGGCUGGUGAGAGAUCUGAACCUGCCCUUCGGAGGGAUGAAGAACUCUGGCGUGGGGAGGGAGGGAGGGAAGGAUUCCUACCACUUCUUCACAGAGGUGAAGAGCGUCACGAUCCAACACUAGAUCAAUCAACAGAUCAAACAACAGACACCAGCAAAAUAUUCCUCCUCAGGCUGUCUCAGAUGUUAUAAGACUGUAAUUGAGUCACAUUUGUAGAAUAGAAAAAUUCUGAGAAAGUCACAAGUGCGAACGAGUAAACUCGCAAAGAUCAGAAAUGUGUAGUGAAUAGGAAUCAAGCAUUCAUAAAAAACGUUAAUAUUCUACCUUUAUCAUGUGUUCUUUGCAGAAUAUUUUGAACCACAAGCCUCUAUUUCUGAACAGAUGAAAUGCACUGAGUAGUUUUUGAGUAUGAGAAUGAAUGAGAAAAAAUAAAGACCCGACAAGGUAAAACCA